UGGCAUCUCCAUGGAGCGGGCGGCACGUGUGCUUCUGGUUCGGUAGCGUUGACAGUUUCCCUCCCUCCCAGCCCCGGCCUGGCCGAGAGGCUCCUGUUAGACCUCAGCGCUGGGCCGUAAGGAGCCGGAGGAAAGCCGCGGGCGAACUGACUGCCGUUGUUUGAGAGUUUGGAAUCCGUUCGAUCGAGGAGAGUCGGUAGAUCAUGGGGCCGAGAAAAAAUACAAAGAGAGUUCCAAAUUUCCGAAAGCUUUUGAAGACUAGCAAUGUGAAGCUCGCAAAUAAAUUGAAGAAUAAGCAAUACAAACAGCAAAGUGUGGCAAAGAAAUAUAAGAAAGAGCAGAAGCAACUACGACAAGCUGCUCGAGAUGUUUCAGCUAAAGUAGCAAAACCGUUGGAUCAAUUGAAAAGGAAAAGACCAGAUGAAGAGGAGGAAGAAAUAGAAGAAGAUGUUCUUCCAUUGGAUAUGCUGGAUGAUGAUGACUUGGAAUAUAUGCAAAGCAUGGGACACAGGCCAUUAUUUCUCACCAGGGAUCUUCAUUCAAGUGAACCGAUCCAUGCGAAAAAACGAAAGAAUGAAAAUAAGGUGGAAAAAUAUGAGAAGGUGCCAAGACAUUUACAGAUGGAACCUGAAAAAGAGCUUAUCCACCUAUUGCCUAUCAAAGACAAAAGGGGUAUAAUUCCUCAAUCAGUAGAGAAGCCAAUCCUAAUGGAUGAACAAGAAGAAGAAAUGACUGAGGAAAAUCUGCAGCCAGAAGAAAGAGAAGAAAUGUUUUCUUUAAAGGAGCCUCAUCAAAAGUUGACCAUGGAAGAGUUGCUACUGAUGAGGAGACAGACGUUACAAGAGAAGAAGAUCCACAUAGCUACUUUGGCAUCAUCCAUCUUGACUGAACCAGACAACAAUAUAAAAAAACUGAAGGAACUGCGUUCAAUGCUCAUGGAAAGAGAUCCAAAUGUUGCAGUAACAGUACAAAAACUGGUGAUGGUAUCUUUGUCGGAGGUCUUUAAAGACAUCACGCCAUGCUACAGAAUACGGCCUCUCACCGAAGCAGAGAAAGCUACAAAGGUCAAAAAAGAAACUCAGCGUCUGAGAGAAUUUGAAGAAGGAUUAGUAUGUCAGUACAAAUUUUACCUGGGAAAUCUUGAACAGACUGUUAAAGAUUGGAAGCAGAUGAAGAAAAAGAAGAGUGAUGUUGUUUCAUUAAAGGCAUACAAAGGCCUUGCAGAAGUGGCUGUAAAAUGCCUUUGUGAACUAUUAGUGGCUUUGCCUCAUUUUAACUUCCACAACAACAUUGCUGCGAUAGUUGUACCACUUAUGAAUGAUGCAUCAAGAAAGAUUUCAGAAAUGUGUUGUGGUGCUGUGGAAAGACUUUUUAAGCAGGACAAGAUUGGCCAGGCCUCCCUCACUGCGGUCAAAAUAAUUUCUGGUCUUGUUAAAAGUAGAAACUACGAGGUCAAACCAGGGGUGCUUAAGACAUUUCUUGCCUUGCGAAUUAAGGAAGUAGAAGUUAAAAAAGAUUCAGAGGAUAUUGCCCCUAAAAAAAACUUCAUGACGUACAAAGAGAAGAGGAAAAAUCUUUCCAGGAUGCAGAGAAAGUGGAAAAAAGCAGAGGAGAAAUUAGAGAAAGAACUUCUUGAAACUGAAGCUUCAGAAAGUAAAGCCAAAAAACUGAAACUGCAUACUGAAAUCCUGAAUGUUGUGUUUCUGACAUACUUCAGAAUCCUGAAGAAAGCACAAAAAUCAGUACUUCUUCCUGGUGUUCUGGAAGGCCUUGCCAAAUUUGCUCACCUCAUUAAUGUGGAAUUCUUUGAUGAUCUUCUGGUGGUUCUGUCUUCUCUAAUUGACUCUGGGAGUCUUCAUUACAGGGAGUGCCUUCACUGUAUUCAGGCUGCCUUUCAUGUACUUUCUGGACAAGGUGAUGUGCUGAACAUUGACCCAAUGAAAUUCUACACUCAACUUUAUAAGAUGUUGUUUGUGCUACAUGCUGGGGAUACAAAUGAAGAUGUUUUGAUUUUGCUGCAGUGUAUAGAUGUGAUGCUGACAAAACGCAGAAAACAAGUUUCUUUGCAACGUGCUAAUGCUUAUUUGAAACGUCUGACUACCCUUGCACUUAAUGUUCUACCCAAUUCUACCAUUGGUAUCCUGGCAACUAAUAGGGUGUUAAUGAAUUCGUUUCCGAAGACAGAUAUUUUGCUCGAUAAUGAAGGCCAUGGUAGUGGAAUUUAUCUGCCAGAGCUUAAUGAACCUGAAUACUGUAAUGCACAGAAUACUGCAUUGUGGGAGUUACACUACCUCCAGAGACAUUUUCAUCCUGUGGUACGGAGUUUUGCAGCACAUCUUAGUGUUGGUGCUCCAUCAGAGGGCUCUGGAGCUCUGAGAAUGGAAUUAAGCAGAAAGCAUGCGACAGAGCUUUUUGAGGAGUUCAGCAUGAAAGAGAUGACCUUCAAUCCUCCAAUCACAUCUUCUGGAUCAAAAAAUAAGAAGGCCACAACACAGACUGCAAUCCUUGAUUCAGAGCUACAAAAGCACAUUAAUCACCUCCUUGAGAAACCCUUCAUCACAGCUGAUCUCAAAUUUGCUGAAAGUUUCCGAGCAGAAUUACAAACGCCUCCGAAGGGCGGCACGGUGGCUCAGUGGUUAGCACUGCAGCCUCACAGCACCAAGGACCCAGGCUCAAUUCCAGCCUCGAGUAACUGUUUGUGUGGAGUUUGCACGUUCUCCCUGGGUUUCCUCCAGGUGCUCCGGUUUCCUCCCACAGUCCAAAGAUGUGCAGGCUAGGUGGAUCGGCCAUGCUAAAUUGCCUGUAGUCUUCAGGGGUGUGUGGGUUAUAGGGGGAUGGGUCUGGUUGGGAUGCUUCAAGGGGCCAUGUGGACUUGUUGGGCUGAAGGGCCUGUUUCCAUGCUGUAGGGAAUCUAAUCUAAUCUAAAAUUCAUCGCCUCAUACAACGAUUACAUUCUAUCUGCCAUUUGCUCUGCCCAAUUUACCAGCUGAUCAAUAUCAGACAGUAACUUGAGACCAUUCUGAACAAUGUCACCAAUUUUCAUGGCACCUGCACCUAUAUUUGCAUGCAAAUUGUUCAUGCACAUAACAAACAGCAGGGUCCCCAGAACCAAUCCCUGUGGCACGCUGUUAAAUCACAGGCUUCCACCUCCAGAAUCAACCCUCCACCAUUACUCUAUGCCUCCUAUUUGUGAGCCAAUUUUGGAUCCAGUUUGCCAACUGACCUUAGAUUGCAUGGAUUCUUACCUUUUGGACUAGCCUCCCAUGUAAGACCUUCUCAGAAGCCUAACUGAAGGCCACAUUAAAUAUAUUGAUGAGGGUACUGAAGUUAGUCAUCUUUUCAAAAAAAAACUCUUAAAUUAGACUGUAUUGACUAUCCCUACUCAAUCCCUGUCUUUCCAAGUGUUCUUGGUACCUACAUAUUUUCACUGACAUGGGAUAAGUCUUUGGCUUGCAAGCCCCACACCCUCCUCUCCCCCAUCUUUGCAGAGCUUGGACUCUUUUAUAUGAGCACCUCCAGCAAUUUCUGUGAACUCAAGCCAGCUUUUUUCCAGGUUUGUAGCCAUAGGAAUCUUGGACCACAGCCUGGAAUUGGGAACUUUUGAAGGAUAAGUUGGAAAACUGCUACCUAUGUCCAAUCAUACUCUCAAGUCCCAACCUUUUUGUAUCCACAUGCCUAUUCAAUCUAGUAUAUGCUAUAUACAGAACUAAUAAACCAUGUAAUAUAACAGUGGCAAGUAGUGAUUACAAGCCAACAACAUCUGAAAGAAAUGUGAAAUGAUUGUUUUAUACACAACGUAAACUCAGCCUUACCAGCGUGCCACACAGAAUGAAAACAUUCUACUCACCCUGUCUUGAAUCAUUUCAUUUUCCAAAAUUUUUUUUUUUGCUUAUGCACACACAUUUUUGCACCUUUCUUCAGUACUGACUACUGCAUAAAAUGUUAUUCAACAGCCAGUCAUGUCUAGCAUAUGUCUCUUUGGCUCACCAUUAGCUGAUCCAUGAGCAGUGGAAGAGACUAAUCUGCCAUUUUUCCUUUUGGUUUGCCUCUGAUUUACAUCCUCUAUAAAUUUGGACACAAAAUAAUAAGUAUAAUCAGUAACUUGCUAUAUCUUCAAUCAUUUCAGAAACCAACAUUGCACAGAAGCAGCUCACAUUUACAUCAGAAAACAUUACAUAUUUUGUGGUUUAUCUUGAGUGGUUGAAAUGCUGGUGGCAAUAUUAUUAGGCAAACUUAUGAAAAAAGAUAACAACAAACUAAAAAUGUUUGAGAAAUCAUUUUUGAUAUGCUGAUACAUUUCAGAUACUUGUCUGUUUGUACAGACUUGAUAUUUAUUCUGAUCAACUCAACAUUAACACUAAUUGUCCAAGUCAGUUACAGAUAUAAAUACAUUAAACAUUUAAUUCGCAACACAUAUUCAUAUACAGUCCGAAAACAUUAUUUGUAUAAAAAAUGGACAUUUGGCACAAUUUUGCAACCUUUAAAAACAUAACAUUGCACUGUUGAAGUUCUCAGAAUACCAACACCUUCAGAAAUCUUGACAUCUCCUUUGCCUAUCGAUAGAACUAAAUACAGUAAAAAAUUAAUGACUUGUGGAUUACACACAUGCACAAUUGCAAAUAGUAAUUUACUUUAGUAUUUACCCAAUAGUUAAAUUUGAUAAAUAGGUGCAAGGAAAAUGCAUUAUACAGUUCAACUGUAGUACUUACAAAUUUAAGACCACAAAUACCAGCCUUUGUUUAACCAAAUGCCCAGUGAAUGUACUGUGAUAUGUAGAAUGAGCCUGCAAUCAUUUUAUGGCAUAAACCUUGUCAAUGCAGCCUCCAUUAAAUGUAUGUUCACAAGUACAAGUGGCAAGCAUGUUCCAUUGAAAACUGUUUCAACUGGCCCUCAUUAACCUUAUGAAAAGGUACGUUUAAAACAACAACAGACUCCAGGGAAAAAAAAAUGAAAAGCAAAACUUGUGUAAAAAGAAACACUGAUGUCAGGGCAAACUAAUCGAAAUGCAGAGGGGGACAAAGCUUCUGUUCGUACUGAUCAGAGACUAGUUAGGAAUAACAAAAAACAAAUGCUCUAGCCAGAGAACAUGUGUUGGUCAAAUGAAACAAAGUGAAUUUCGACUGUUCAAUAUCAAUAUGGAACAUGCAUUCAAUGACACUGUUUAUGAUUCAAGAAGGGGUAAUCUAUUAAUAGAAAUUUCUAUGAUCAUGAUAAUUCUUACAGUGAAAUUUUAGCACGAUAAAAAAGGGAAAUAAAUAAAGAAAUAACGACUGACAUUUAUGAGAGGCUAUGCAAAAUUUGAACUAAAGAGGCUGCAGCAACUCAUGCUUUUGUUUGUCAAAUGUCACUUUGCUCAACAUUUUAAUAAUAAAAUACAUUAACAUCUAAGAAACCAAUUUUCCUGUCUGGUAGCAGUUAAGAGAGUAUGCUAAAUGUUCAAGUUAUAUCACCUUUGCUACUAAAAUGGUGCAAACAACUUUCAUGUGGUGACUAUGACAUCAUCUGACAACUAUGUGGGUACAUUUAAAGUUUCAACUAAAACUCAUCUAAUCAAUAUUUAAUUGUGUAGAUAAGAAUGACCCACCUAAUUUUUAACUGAAUCUUCUAGCAGUUUCGGAGGUAACCUCAAGCAGAAAUAUUAAUUUUAUAUUUAGUAAAGCAGGAACAUCAGCUCUUCCUUUGUUUUCGCGUUGAUUUUUUUGUAAGCAAGAAAAUGUAGGGAGUAAACUAUAUAUUUUAAGAUGUUCUUAUAAUCUGUAAUACAUGGAGUAAUGCAAAAAAUGUUAAGUGCCUUUAAAGAAGCAAGGAAUUAAAUAAUCUUGUGACAGCUAGUGGCUGUUUCCACAAGUUACUCUUAAGCAUCUUAAAAAUUAAAUUUACUUAAUGCAGGCCAUUUAGUGUUUUUUUAUUAGUUUUAUAAGUUGCUGUCAUAUUCUUGAAUGAUAAAAUUUCAUUUUUGUUGUUCAAGCUAUAGAGUUGUUGAUAAGUUAUAGCUCAGUCAGGCAGAUGAGAAAAUAACCCCUGCAGUUGAAGUUUCAGGAGCCUUUAAGGCUUUCUGUCAGCAUUUGUCGCUGCUGUUACUGCAGUUUGGAUAGGUUAUGUGUUUUGCACAUAUGCCCUUGAGAGUCCUACGGUCAAUGUUUUUAUGUGUCACUACUAUAACUAUUUGAAACAUCAUUAAAUGUCUGUGUUUCAAAAUCAUAACUUAUUGAGCAAAGCGUUUACACAUUACAGCUGCUUAGCCACUAUAUUAAGUAACUUAGGCACACAGAAGCUGCCAAAAACACUUGCAUAUUUUGCACAGUUCAAUGGUAUGUUUUUUAAAAAAAACAAUUUUGGCCUAACAAUACAACGUAACAAAAAACUUAAAAUGCUCAUCAGAAAUUAAGGAAAAAUGCUCAAAUACUUAAUGGAAAUUUCUUUCCUGUUUGACUUCAUUUUCCACAAGAAAUUCAAGUACACAUAUGUACACACAGUUAUAAGAUGUGCGUGAAAGUGGGCACUUGUAAAUAAAAAUAAUUAAAAGUUGUGUUCUGUAGUAUCAAAAUAAGCAUACCACUUGGAACUUAAACAUGAGAAUAUAGUAACUUUAACUGGAAAGUGUUCAAUCUCUGCUUAAAUAAAUAAUUCAGUCUAAUAAUUAUAAUCAUUUCAAUACAAAUGGACAGUAUUUUAUAUAUCUCAAUUUACAUGAUUUUCUACUACAGUAAAAUUACAUCAUUAUGAACACUUUUUUCAUAGGAUUAAUGUAUGGAUUCAGCACAUUGUCAGAAAUUAUUCUAAUUUAAAUAUCUUGUAAACAUCAAAAAAUAGUAACUUUGUGUGACAAUUCAGCUUAGUAUUACUACUGAAGUUGGCAUCUAGCAAGAUUCUGGAUUGUAAAGUAAAUAGGUACCUUCAAACAUACCAAUCCUUCAAAUAAUCAAGGAAAUAAGUGAUUGGGAAAGUGCACAAUGUUUUACAAUUCGUAACUUGUAACGUUCUUAGGAUUACACCUGCGUAUCUCUAUACCCAGUACUACUGAAGACAUUGCUUGUCUCUUUGAACAGUAUUGAUGUCUGCUUGCAGAUGUGCCGUCUUCCUUGUUCAAAUCACGUACACAUCAAAACAAGCUUGAUUGGAACUUGUCGCUAACUCAUUAUCUUCUGUCACCUGUACCAAAUGAUGUAUUUCAUUCCAAUGAUUGGACUUUGUGCAAUUUCCAGUUUUUAAGACAACUGAAAAUACCAGGAGACGAAGGAAGGAGUGAUGUUACAUUUUUUCUGGUUUUCCCCAACAUUAACUAAAAGUUUUGACACAGUAGUAGUGAAGAACUACGGAGGUCACUUUUACAACAACCUGUAGGAAAAGAGAUUCCUUUUAAUGUUUGGCUGUAAAUGUUAACUGAAAAAAAAAUUAGAUAUAAAGAACAAAGAAUUGUUAUUGAACUGAACUGUCAUAAUAAAAACUGAAAGAACUGUGAAUGAGGGAAAAAACAGUUGCUGGAAAAGCUCAGCACGUCUGGCAGCAUCUGUGAAGGAAAAAAACCAGAGUUAACGUUUUUGGGUCCAGUGACCCUUCCUCAGAACUGAUGAUGGCUGGGAAAGUGUCAGUUUUUCCAUCACCUUUGCUCUUGUUUUGUCCUUCUUGUUACAUUUAUUAGAUUUUAAAAGAACCUAGAUUUUAUUUAAUAUACUUGUACCUGUUUCAGAUUUCUUUUUUAAAAAAUCCUAAUUUACAUGCUAGAUCAUUGAUAAGAAGAACUGAUUGGUUACUAAUUCAGAUCUCCAGGGGUGGGUAAAUAGAUGCUUCCCAUCUCCUAGGCUACAACUAGCUGAAACUGACAUUUCUCAUUUGGGUUUCUCAAAAAGUUUGAUAGCCAUUUUUUUGCUCCUAGUCAGAAGAAAUUCAAAAACAACAGCCCCAGAAGUAUAGACGAAAUAAACAAUUCUAUUGACAGUCUAUAAAAGGAAAGAAAGUUCUAUUGAAAAUAUCCCCAUGUCCCACAGUAUUUGUAAUUUUUUAUUUGCCAGAAAUAUGUAAGUUAAUAAAUACAGUGAUAGUAAAU